AUGGUGGACAAUGGGGAAAUCGAGAAGACACCCUCGCCCGUGAAUAUCAACGAGGCGAUCAAGGGGGAGGUGUUGACUCAAAAGACUGCUAGAAUACUUAAGAACGAUCUCUUGCUACACGAGGCUGUGAUAAAAAACGAAGCGGACACCGUUCGCAAAGUGCUCAAAGAGACCGUCGACGUCGAUUCGAGGAACAAUUAUGGUCGAGCGCCGAUCCAUUGGGCCGCGUCCAGAGGAAACACGGAGAUCAUCGAAAUGCUGAUACAGGCGAAAUGCGACAUCGAGGCCAGGGACAAGUUUGGUAUGCGCCCGUUGCACAUGGCGGCCUGGUACGGGCACAGGGACGCCGUGAAGAUGUUAAUCAACGCCGGAGCAAAUGUGUCGGCUGUGAACAAGAAACAAUACACCCUUUUAAUGUGCGCCGCCCGAGGCAGCAACGUGGACGUCGUCGAGUACCUCGCGGAGACUGUGGAAUCGUUGAACGGCGAUGCAACCGACUGCACCGGCGCGACUGCACUUCAUCAUGCAGCCAGUGCUGGUCACCCGACUGUGAUAACAGCUCUCUCAAAUAUAUCCAGAAUCGAAUUGAAUGCCAUCGACAAGAAGGAACAAACACCGAUACAUUGUGCAUGUGCGCAAGAAAACAUGGCAGCCGUUGAGAUCUUGAUUACAUUGGGAGCGAACGUGGACGCAGUGGAUUGCGACGGGAACACACCCCUUCACGUGGCUACGAGAACGAGGGACACUGCUAUAGCUCAAUUAUUAUUAAGGGCGGGAGCUAACACGGAGAUCACCGAUCAAAUGGGUUUCACGCCGCUUCACGUCGCCGCCAGUCAGGGCUGCAAAGGAAUAUUAGACUCGAUGAUUCAACACGGUGCUGCUCUCAACAAACAGUGCAAGUACGGGAACACACCCCUACACCUGGCCUGUCAGAACAACGAAGUCGAAACAGUGGAAAUAUUGAUCAACAAAGGGGUCGAUCUGAACUGUUUGAACACGAGACUGCAAUCGCCGAUCCAUAUCGCCGCGGAGAUGGGCCACACAGACAUUUGCGAGCUGUUGCUUGCAGCAGGUGCGAAUAUCGAGCAAAGAGAACAGAGCGGCAGAACACCGUUGUACAUCGCGGCGAGGGGCAGUUUCACGGCGAUCGUCGACAUGAUCAUUAAAACCGCCAGGCUCGACUAUCCAGCCCCGGAAGCUUCGACGUCUGACAAGGAGAUUCGAGACCUGACACCUGCCAGAAGAAGAUGGAGGGAAGGAUCCAGAGGUGGAAGUAUCUCUAGUAACAAUUGUGGGCUUCCUGAACACAUUCGAUCCGUUCUAUGGAAAUUGGCGUACAAACAUUUGGGCCCUGAAGACUGGAAGAAGCUGGCUCUUCAUUGGGCGUUCACGCAGGAGCAGAUUCGAGCGAUCGAGCAUCAAUACACCGCUCCUAUCAUAGGUCCAGCGAGCUACAAGGAGCACGGAUUCCGAAUGCUGAUGAUCUGGGCGUCAGGAUUGGGUCCUGAGAUCCCUAUAGCAAAGGAGCUCUGCGAUGCUUUGAUCGCGGUCGACAAAAAGGCUGCUGCUGAGUCUGUUCACAAGCAUUUGGAUCAAGAGAAAGAGGGGAAAACGAAAUCGAACAAGCAACGCUGUCAUAAAUGUUCCAUUAAUUAA